AUAACAAAGAUCCCAUCCAACAUGAAAGCCAAAAGUGGGAUUCGAAGUCAAUCCAAGCACAAGAAGAGGUCAAGGAAAGAAAGCAGCAGUGAGCACUCUGUAGAUGGUUCUGAAGGAGAUCUUGAACUGGAUAGAGAACUGUAUCCUGUUGGUCACUACUUAUCAGAUCGAGCAGAAAUGAUUGAACAGAUGUUUGACAUUCUAAGAAAGGAUAAGAUUCAAUCUAUGCUACCACCUAUCUUGAAAGAAAUUAAGUUGGAUGACCUGAAAGCACAGUGUCUGGAACAGUUAAAUAGCAUGUCAGAAAGACACAUUAUUAAAAUUCUAGAAGGGAAACCUUAUGCUCCAGACCUGGAAGAUGACAAUUUUGACAAGAAUCUGAAGUCCGUCAGCAGCAGCAGCAGUAGCAGCAGUAGUAGUAGCAGUGGUGAAUCUUAUCCUAGCAGUGAUAGUGAGCCUGAAAAACAGAUGGAGUUAGAUAUUAAUGAAAAGACAAUUAAACCUGAUCCAGAUAAAGUGGACGAUGACCCGGACAUGCUUCACAUUGGGCUUUCACCAAAAGAAUUGGGAGAUUUUCUGAGUGAAGAGGAGGAUUUGGAGAAAAAGAAUAAAGAAAUCUCUGGCAAGAUGCAAAAAAAUUUGAAAGAUGAUGGACAUAGUCACUAUAAUAUUCAAGAGAAGCAAAAUGAAGGCAAUGAGGGGAAAACUUUAUUAGAAAUUCUUGAAUUAGAGAUGCGUGCCCGUGCAAUUCGAGCGCUUUUGAAACAGGCAUCAUCAGCUCCCAAGAAUGGACCUAAACCUGACUGUUCCACUUCAAAGAAAGAAUCGAAUGAAAAUAAAAAUGAUUCCUCUUUGCCCACUGAGGCUGCUGUGACUACUGUUAAGGCCGAAGUUGUGUCAGAUGAAGAAGAUGUGGUGUUUGUCAGUGAAUCAGAAGUCGCCAAUGCACUGUCGCAACAAAGUAAAAUGAAGAAACUGGAGAAAGAAUGUCUCUCAGCUGUGUAUAAUGUUUCUGCGGACAUUUUGAAGUUCAACCCAACUGUUCUAUCCUCUACUUCAAAAGUCAGUGUUGUUGAUACUGCAGGCAAUCCUAUCACAUUACCUAAAGUUAAAUCUCAAUCCAAAGGAAACAAGGAUGUGGUGAUAAUUGACAAUGAACAAUGUGGGUCGUCGGAUUCCAAAUCAGAUAAACCUGAAUUGUCAAAUAAAACAGAAACUAUUUCACUGAAGAGAAAAGUUAAAUCCAACAACAGUUUGCUGGGGUAUGAUGUUGAGGUGUCUAAUAACAAAAGUGAGAAGUUUUUUAAUGUUGAAGAUAAGUCUUGUGAAAGUACUGUGGCAAUCCAAGUUGAACAGAUAGUCAGCAAGAACUCCGGAGAAAAAGCGCCAGCAAAGGAAGAAAUUUGUUUGAAAAAUGGAAAAAAAGUAAUAGUCCAACUUGAUCAUGCUGACACUGAGACAAUGUGAUGUUAUCCAUUUUUAUGCAGUAUUUUUUGUAAUUCAGUCCUCUAAUCUUUUAUUAAAGAACAAAACCGUUUAUAUGGAGUAUUAUAGUGCAUUCUUUUUCUAAAUUAAGUUUCUAAGCUUAUAUCUUUCUAUUAUGUAAAUGAUAUGUUUAGCAAUUAUUGAGCUGUGAUAAGUCAUGAAUAACUGUCCGUACAGUGUUUACAAUAUGUCUUUUUAUUGC